AUGGCGGAAGUCGUCGAUGCCGUGGUUCUCCUCGUUGUACCAGCAGUGCUGUGGGUCGUGGGCUCUGCGUGCAACAUGGUGGCGGACGGAAGUGCAGUGAACAAGGUUGCAGCAAGCAUGUGGCUUCCGGUGGAUUAUGUCGUACGCACGGAGGUGGACGGCGUUGUCAAGUUCCAAAUUGCACGAGUAGUGCCCAAAGCCGAGGUCUGUGCUACGUUCACGGAGGCGGAGGACGUUGCCAACGCGUAG